UUUUUUUUUUCCCUUUUACUGACUAACAACAUGGCAGAAUUUGUCGUGUAUGAAGAUACACCUAUUGCAGAGUAUUUGAAAUCAAUAGAAAGCAAUGAAUCUAUUGUCAAACCAGCACCACUUCAUCUUGGUAUCCAUGCUACCGAAACGAAAACAACAUUAUCAGUUAUGACUCAACUAUCCGAAACAAUCUAUCGUUACUGGAGGCAUUCUUUUUUUCAUGAUACUUUUGCUAUUUCACUCCCUAUUAUGGAAGAAGUGGCAUUUGAAGAAAAAUUCAAAUAUCUUAUUGUGACAUCUCCUUUACUCAAUGAUACUCAAAAUACUCAUUCAAAACAACAACGACAUAACCAACCUCCUCCAACUCCAUUUCACUCUGCAGCUGCACAUACUCGGUCUGGACGCAUUGGUACCAUCGCCACCUUGUCAGGUCUAUUUAUUGCUCUUGGUGUGGAACGAUUCGCUCCUUUUCAACGAAAUGAAACUAAUUUGGUAUCAACAACAACAACAACAACAACUAAACAUAUCACACCUACUGUUACUAUGGUUUUAGCAAGUGGAAUGUCUUUAUUCUUCAUUUAUCGUCACCUGCGCAGAUCAUCUAUCCGAAAAUUAUACCAAUGUGCAUUGACUCAGCUACAAGAUGUGAUAGAUCAUUCACAACUUUUAGACAACAAAGUACAUCGAGCAUUAUUGACUAUUCAAGAAAUCGAGCUUGUGUCCCGUGGAUACCGACUUUCUACGCCUUUAUCACCCAUCUCAAGAAUAGAACAAUCUAGUAAACACAAACGAUGUGAACGAUUACGAUCUCAUCUUGCCGGGUUAUUACGACGUGCCUUUAUUGUUUAUGAAGAGGCUAUCAUCGAUAUGACUGAUACUGUCAAUAAACAGACACUUUCUCGCUUAUUUGACAUGCACAAUAUACAUUCAGUGGCAUCACUAUCAGCAGCAGCUGAUGGCAGUUUCAGCAACAUUGGUAGUAGCAACAAUAGUGCGGACAGUGAUAGCAAUAUUACUUUGGAUUAUUUGAAAACGUUGGCUCAUCUUAUGCAUUCAAAACGACGUGAAUGUAUGCUACAAUUCUUGGCACUCUCAGUCAUGACAAGUGAUCAUGAUUCUAUACGCAAAGGUUAUGAAUCCGGUUGGCGAAAUAUCAAUACAAUAUUGGCCACGCUUGGAAAGGAAACAAAAGGUUUUGUCAAGGAUAUUGUGGAUGCCAUGGAGUUGGAAUUUUAUAAACCUUCAAUGAUGGAUAUUAACAAUGAAAACUCAGGAAUUUCUUCUUCUACCAAUGCACAUGCACGACAAUUUAUUCAUCGAUUGUCUUCACUUGAACAACAAUUACGGACAAUGGAAGCAAGAAUAUAUUUAUGUAAUGACGAAUUAGAAAAACGACAACGAUUGAUAUCAAAAACAAACGACAAUGAUAGUAGCGAAAUAUAUCAUCAAGAUUGGUCUCUUCAAAAAGAAUACAUGGCUUUGGAGAAGGAUAUCCAGCAAUUAGUGGUUGAAUGGGAAACAGGACGAAAUGCGUUACAUGACUUGAUGGCACCACCACCAGUGACAAUAAUAGAUUCUCAAACACAUACCAACGAAACUUUACCAUCACCUCUUCCUUCUCCUACAAUGACACCUACUGAUAAUACAGGUCAUGAUGAUCCAUCUUUAGUCUACAUUAUCAACUCGGAUGAAUCCUCAGAUAUCUUCCAUUUACCUUUACCUUCCAAGGCAUCGGUCUAUGAAACAACAGAAGAUGACACAGGUGAUAGCAAUACAACAACCAUUGGAUCCAUCAAGAAAUCUCGAGCAGAACGUAUUGCAGAAAUGAAACAAAAACGAGAGCAAGAAGCAAAAGAAAAAGCAAGUCGAAUGGAUCCUCAAACUAUGGUACACGAAUUGAAAAAUGUAUUAGAUCGACGUGCACUUGAAUUGGAUUUAUCGGAUGAUCGUACUUAGUUUUUUACAUGAUUGCAUUUUUACAAUUAUUUUUAUUUACAGUUGUUAGUAUACCCCCACGUUUUUCCACUCUUUAUUUUGAUCUCAUGAUGUGAAUAUUUUUAUGCUUGAACAAUAAAAACAAAUGAUAUGAUAUAUGUAUCAAAAGUA